CGUGGGCGCAAUUCCACUAAUCCUGAUUUUGAUUUGAAGAUCAAGUGGAGAAAAGAGUUCGGUUUUGAAGAGGUCAAUGCUCAAAUUCCUAUAAGGUUGCUUGAGGACAAGAUUAAAUUGUUGACAUAUGGUGGUGGUCUGUUUAAACAAUUAUUUGUUUUUGUUGUUUUCUCUACUUUUUUUUACUCCAACAGCCAAUAGGACUGUAGAUUUGAGAUUGGCUAAGGCUUUGGAAGAUCCUAAAAUGAUUUCCAAAUACAAUUGGUGUAAAUACGUUCUUGACGUAUUAUGUGAGGAAACAGUGAAAUUUAAAAAUUGUUUAUUGAAAGGCAAAGAUCAAAAGACAUUUGGAGGCUGUGUUGUGUUUUUGCAACUUGUGUAUUUUCAGAGGAUUAAGUUUAGGAAUUCCAGUGGUAUUCCUGAUCAAUUACCUCUUAUUCAACAUUGGACAUCGAAGAUGGUAACCGAUCGGAUUCAUGCUGAAAAUGCCAAUAUGAGUGCAUUAUAUGGUUCUGGUAUAUUGGAGAAGGGGAAGUAUCCAAUUUCCAAAAAGUUUGUUUUUGUUGAUGGUCAAAUAGAUUUGACCCAAAUCAAAUCUAUUUCGAAAGAAAAUGAAGCAGGCAGCAGUGGGGGAAGAGCUGAACAGCCCUAUGUUGGGCGUCGAAUUCCAAGUCGGCGUCCUAGGAUUCUUCAGUUUGAAAUCCCUAAUUCUCAUCCUACAGAUGAAGAAAUUUUCUCUAAAGCCACUGAUGAUUUUCAUGGUCAGUGGUUGUUGAUGAAGAGAGAUCUGGAUGUAGUUUCAGCCAUCCAUGCUGAAGAGCUGUUCAAAUUAAAGGCUUCAAUGCCUUCGCACAACCCUGGCGAUGAUAUUUUGGAAAAUUCCACUUAUCAAAAGAUGGUUGAUGAGUUGGUGGAGAUUCAUCAGUUGGUGAAGAAUCUACCAAAUGGUUGGGAUGACAUUUUUGGUUCAAGUAACAAUCCAGUUGUUACUGCUGCCCCUCAACCUUCUGCCGUUGUUCCAACUGAGCCUGCAGUUGUUACAGCUGCUGUUGUUGAUGCAAUAACAUCUACCGAAGCAAUUAUUCGAGAAGUUGAUCCUGACACUCAAAUAAAUGCAGUUCUUGAUUCUUUGAAAAGCAAAGAUAAAGAAAUUACGGAGGAUGAUGAUGAAGAAAUAGAAGAAUAUAAGCGCGUGUGGGCUGGAUUUCAAAAAUGCAUCAUUAACAACCAUGCUGUAUCAAGAGUGAAUGUCAGUGUCUAUGGCAUAGAGGAAAAUGUGAUGUUUAUGUCUCCGUUUAUGAUAGCAUUUGAAGAUUUAAUGAGGCAUCUUCCAGCAUUUGUUCAAGAAGCUGUGGACUUUGCUGCUCUGACUGAUGGAGAGGGUAUUUUGACUGAUGAUAAAGUUAUAGAAUACAAUCAUUUUAUUGCGGUAGGAAGAGAUGACAUGUGGACCCUUCCUUCCACAUUUGAUAUUCUUUUGAUUCAUAUUGAAGCUUGGGCUUUUUUAUUGAAUGAAAAUGAAAGGAAUCCUGCUGGUUCUCCUCAGAAGCUGUUUUUAGGUGGCACAUAUUGUAAAUAUGUUGCUGAUUUGAUUGAGAAACCAGGCAAUGAAAAAAUCUUGUCUGAAUUGUGUGUUUGUCUUAAUUGUGGUGUGAAAGAUGUAAAUGGAGUUCAAUCGUUGAAAGAUUGUAAUAUGGUAUGA